AUGACAGUGACGGUGCAGGCAGCAGUGAACGCAUCCGAAGCCGCUAUCAAUGGCACCAUGGCUGCUGCACCCACAGCAGCAGAAACGGUGCUGUCUGUAUCGAGACACGAUAUGCAGGCAUACGGCAUCAUCACCACCAUCUGCCUCUGCCUCAUAGUCUUCGGGGGAGUGCACCUGGUGGACCGCGUCGGAUCAUUAUUCAUCAUCCCGGCUGUGCUCGCUGUCAUCUCCGUCUUCAUCGGGAUAUUCCUCUCCCCAGACGCUGAGUCACCAGGUGGGCCUAGAGCCGAUGACCCCUCUUCCACCACACCCCACCCGGGUGACCCGGGUGACCUGUCUUCAUCGACUUUCUCCUCUCUCCGGUCCAGUCAACGAGUCGCCAGUCCGGAUGGUUACAACGAAUCAGAUGCCGACUCACCUGGUGCGCCUUGUAAACCGCCAGCUGCUGGGGCUCUUCUACCCGGGAGUCACGGGCAUCAUGGCGGGAAGCAACCGGUCAGAGGCGCUGAGGGACGCACAGCGGUCCAUACCCCUACCCUAUCCUACGCGCAUUCCUUCCCCCAUCCCAACCGCAGCCAGCUGCUGGGGCUCUUCUACCCGGGAGUCACGGGCAUCAUGGCGGGAAGCAACCGCCAGCUGCUGGGGCUCUUCUACCCGGGAGUCACGGGCAUCAUGGCUGGAAGCAACCGCUCAGAGGCGCUGAGAGACACACUCGACUGUCCUUCUGUGCUCAUCCUCUUCCACACCCAACCCCACCCAUCCGUACCCAUCCAAACCAUUCCCUCCCACAGCCAGCUGCUGGGCCUCUUCUAUCCAGGAGUGACAGGCAUCAUGGCGGGGAGCAACCGCUCAGAGGCUCUGAGGGACACUCAGCGGUCCAUUCCCACAGGCACUCUGGCAGCCAUUGUGUCAAUGACUGGUCUCUAUGUGGUCUCCAUCCUGCUGUUCGGUGCUGUUGCUACCAGGGACCUGCUUGUCACCGACAGGCUCCUCACUGCCACGAUUGCAUGGCCCGUGCCAGCUGUCGUCCAGGUGGGCAUCGUCCUGUCAACGCUGGGAGCAGCCCUGCAGAACCUCAUGGGAGCGCCUCGGCUGCUGGCUGCGAUAGCAAAUGACAACGUGCUGCCGGUGCUGAAUGCAUUCAAAGCGGAGAGCCAUCAGGAGCCGCAUCUAGCCACACUCUUCACUCUCCUGCUGUGCUGCAGCUUUGUGCUGAUAGGAGACGUGGACUAUGUAUCACCAGUCAUCACCAUGUUCUUCCUCCUCUGCUAUUGCGGGGUCAACCUCUCCUGUGCUCUCCUCGACCUCGUGGACGCCCCCUCCUGGCGCCCCCGCUGGCGCUGGCACCACUGGCUAGUAUCCCUCGCUGGCGCGCUGCUGUGUCUGGUCAUCAUGUAUCUCAUCUCCUGGUUCUUCACGCUCGUCUGUCUCACCCUAGCCGUGCUCAUCUACAUCUAUGUCAGCAUGGUGGGCAAGGCGGGUGACUGGGGCGAUGGGGUCAAGUCCGCCUACAUGCAACUCGCCCUGCGCUCGCUGCACUUCCUGGGAGGUGGGUGGGUGAGCGAGAGAGGGUUCCCUUCCCUCCCUCUGUGCUCUAAGCAAUCCCUGGGACUGGGGCGAUGGGGUCAAGUCCGCCUACAUGCAACUCGCCCUGCGCUCGCUGCACUUCCUGGGAGGUGGGUGGGUGAGCGAGAGAGGGUUCCCUUCCCUCCCUCUGUGCUCUAA